AUGUCGCAGACGAACAACCGGGAUGGCAGCAACAAGCGGUCGCGGAUAUUAUCUUCAGACGUCUAUCGUCAACGUGAGAACCAGUCGUCGACAAAUGUCGCUCAAACACAAUCAGGUUUAAUUAUUGAUAAUGAAACUGCAUUAUCAUCUGAAAUAAUUAAAGAACAAUUGAAUAGUGUUGAUGAUAUUAUAACACAAGCAAUUAUUGAAGUACCAACGAAACAUUUAUUAUAUGUAAAAGAACUUGCACCAUCAGAUUUACGUGUACUUGCACGUUCAGAUGAUAAUGAUGCACAUUCAACAUGUACAUCAUUAGUACAACCAAUGCCAGCAAUUUUAUAUCGACACGACCUAUUCAGUGUUACGUUUGGUUCAAUUGAUGAUGAAACUAUUCGAGUCUAUAUUGAAACAGGUGAACCAAUGAAUAAAGCAGGAACUUAUAGUAUUCAAUCUUUGGGUGCAGUAUUAGUCAAGAAAAUAGAUGAUGAUUAUUUUAACGUAGUUGGUUUUUCCAUUGAUUAUUUUUGUAUACAAUCAAAGGCAUUGCUUAAUAAUGAAAUCAAAUUUAAAAAAAUGAUCAUUUGCUAA